AUUUUUUUCUUUUGAAAAAAGGAAAAUAUAUUGAAUGAUCUGAGAAGAGAGAGAGAGAAAAGAAAGGUUCGGUUUUUGGUUAAAAUUCAUGGCGAUAACGAGAAAAGAAAUGGAUCGGAUCAAGGGCCCAUGGAGCCCGGAGGAAGACGAGGCUUUACAGAAGCUGGUCCAGAAGCACGGCCCAAGGAACUGGUCGUUGAUAUCGAAGUCGAUACCGGGCCGGUCUGGGAAAUCGUGCCGGCUAAGGUGGUGCAACCAGCUCUCUCCACAGGUGGAGCACCGGGCCUUCACUCCGGACGAGGACGAGACCAUAAUCCGGGCCCACGCCCGAUUCGGCAACAAGUGGGCCACCAUAGCCCGACUCCUCAACGGCCGUACGGACAACGCCAUCAAGAAUCACUGGAACUCCACCCUCAAGCGCAAGUGCUCGACCAUGUUCGACGACUGUAACGGUCACGGGUACGACGGUAGUUUCGCCGCCCAGCAGCCGUUGAAGAGGUCGGUGAGCGCCGGUUCCGCUAUGCCCGUUUCCACGGGUCUUUUCAUGAGCCCGGGGAGCCCGUCCGGAUCCGAUGUGAGCGACUCCAGCGUCCCCGUCGUGAUCUCGCCCCCCUCCUCCUCCUACGUGUACCGCCCCGUGGCACGAACCGGUGCCGUUUUGCCUCCUCCCGUCGAAGCGGCUUCAUCCUCCAACGAUCCGCCGACGUCGCUGUCGCUCUCCCUCCCUGGCGUCGACUCCUGCGACUCGAACCAGAACGCGUCUUCUCCGCUGCCGCCUACGGUGAACUUCCUCACGGCGGUCACUCCUUCGACUGCUGCUCCGGCGCUGGCGAGCGAUGCGGAGAACGGGGCUUUCGUGCCGUUUAGCCAGGAAUUGCUGGCGGUUAUGCAGGAGAUGAUAAGGAAGGAGGUGAGGAGCUACAUGGCGGGGCUGGAGCAGCAAAGUAAUAAUGGCGUUUGUUCGGCGGUCGAUGGGUUCAGGAACGUGGCGGUGAAGCGAAUUGGGAUUAGCAAGAUCGAGUAGUUUAAGGAGAGAAAAUAUGAAUGAGAAAGAAAUCGAUGAGAAAAAUCUGGGAAAGAUUUGGACAGAUUAGUGUUAGUAUAUGGUGGGGGAAAAGUGGGCUUUUCCUUUGUCUUUUUUUUUUCUUCGUUUAAUCUAGUAAUAUUAGGAAAUAAUUUUGGGCAAUGUACAGAGAGAGAGGCAGGCGAGAGAGAGAGAGAGAUGGAUGGAAGUUGAAGUUGAAUUUGAGUUGAGAAAUGGAAGAGAAAAGUUGGGGAGAAAAAUCUGGGUUACUUUGAUCUGAUGAGAGAGAGUUUGGUUUUAAAACUUGCAACUUUUAUCUGUCUCUUUGGCCUUUGUUCGACUGUGGAUCAGGAGAACAAAAAAAGAGAAAAAAAAUUUGAAAACAUGCAACUCAAAAAGAAGAGAAACUGAGAAAGAAGAAGAAUCCGAAAUUUUAAUCCAAGUUUUCUCGUUAUAUUUAUUCACGUGCGAAUCUUUUUCUUUCUUUUUUUUUUCAUUUUAAUGUGAUGAGAAAAUGUUAUUUGUU